UUGAACUUUAUUCUACUUUGGAUUUCAGACUCUCUCUUUCUUUUGGUGUAACUAGCCUGCUCUUGUUUUACUUUUAUUUCUGUAAAGGAAUUUUGCUUUGUGCUACCUUUGGCAUCUGGAAAAUGCGGGAAAGGCUUUUGCAAGACGUAAUAUCUGAAUGUCGUUGAUUGAGAGUCAAAUACUUACUGUUAAAUUUUGCUGUUCUUUUUUGUUUCCUUCUUUUACUGUUUUACAUACUUCUGCACAGUGGUUCUUGAAUUGAUUUGCAAGAGUUCAAUUGAAUUGAACUUAUGCAGUAUCAUGUCGUUUUCUGAAAGAGUUGAAUUCUAGCAAUAUUUAACUUUUCUAAUCGCAAUUAAACUCAAUUGAAUUGAAUUCUAUAUUUCAAGACUUUCCAAAUACACUCUUAGUUAAGUGGAAUGGAGUUUAUUCUUAGAUUAUUGCUGGUGGCUUGCUUGAGAGAGAUAAAGAGCGUGUGUGUGUGUGUGAGAGAGAGAGAGAGGACUUUUUGAUGGAGGUGGUACCAGGUGUUCCUUUUUUUCUUUUCCUCUUUAAGCCUUCAGAAGUUUGUUCUUGAAUUAUUUUUUUGUGGUUUUCUUUUCCCUGUUUAACUUUAAUGUGUACAUAAUGUUGUUCCUGGUUCAUGAUUUGCUGAAUCGAAUUUGAUUGUAUUGCUCUUGUAGUACCUGGGACACAAACCUUGUCCAUGCACCCAAGUUUUGAAAGUAUAUUUAUCUUAUGAAAUAAUGUAUCUAUUGCUCAUUGUUAGUAUUAUUAUUGAUUUUUAGAGAUUUCUGCUUCUAUCUUCUAGUUUCAUAAAGCUUUUGUUGCUAGAGUACUUGUUUCCAUUGUGCUUGGUUUAGCGAUUUUGUUAUUUUGUUGGGGUAUCUCUUGUACAUGUAUCUUCUUUCGUAAUCCCCUUUUGAACUGUUGUUUGUAGUGAAAAAGAACUAACACCUUUUUGUUCUGCAUUCAGUUUAUAGUAUUUACUUAUCUCUGCGUUUUAAUGUAAGAGGUCAAUAAAGAUAUGUCUUCUGAUACUGGGAGGGAAAAUGCAUCGGUGGUUGACUCCUCAGUAACUGAAGGGAAACAUGAUAUGGGGAAUUUUGAUGAUCCAGCAAACUGUAAGUACUGCAGCAUCAAUUUCUCCAUUGGAUAAUUCUGGUAUUUCUAUUAUAAUACUGACAAAUGAGGUGGAGAGAAGAGAGCCCAACCUAUAAAGGUGAUGAGGACUGCUAUCCUUUUAUGGUAAAAAGAACAGGUCAUGAGCAGGUGGAAAAUUCAUCUUUAAAAAAAAAGGGUAAAUUGUAUAAUACAAGAUAUUUCAUCAUUAAGAGUUUGAACCAUCAUAAUAUUCAACUAUCAGUUGAGAAAGGAAUCUGGGCUACUCAAGUCAUGAAUGAACCAAUUUUGGAAGAGGCCUUUCAUAAUUCUGGCAAAGUUAUUCUAAUAUUUAGUAUCAACAUGAGUGGUUUCUUCCAAGGAUAUGCCCAGAUGAUGUCUACUGUUGGGUGGAGGCGUGAUAACAUCUGGAGCCAAGGGUGCAGUAAAAAUAAUCCUUGGGGCCGCAGCUUCAGAGUUAAGUGGCUGCAGUUAAAUGACUUGCCUUUCCAAAAGACACUUCAUCUCAAGAAUCCACUAAAUGACUAUAAGCCUGUCAAAAUUAGUAGAGAUUGUCAGGAAUUACCAGAAGAUAUAGGAGAAGCUCUUUGUGAGCUAAUAGAUGGGGACAAUGAUAUUGAUGGGAUGCUGAAAAGGGAUGACAUACCUCUGAAAAGGCCUCGUAUGGAGCCUCCAUGUUCACUAGGAGAUGAAGAAUAUAACGUCCCUCCGAUGCAUAUACCUUGGGUUAGGACACCCAUACCUUAUUCUUCCUUUCUUUAUCAACAUCACGCGGGAGCAAGUAGAUUUAGAGCUGUUAAUUUGCCUCUUUCUGCUGGUGCAUCAAAAGUGUCAAGGAUGAAACAUUCUCAAGUGAAUGGAAGUCUUGCAAAUUUGCAAGUUCGGAAUGACAUGCCUUCUCGUUCUGAUGCUUGGGGCUUGUCAGCGGAAAGCCCUCAUGCUAGCACUCUGACCGAGGAUGAUUUUCUUGAAAUGACAUAUGAAGAGUACCUGGAAGCGCAUAGCAGAAGCAUCAAACAAUUAAGUUUCCCUGUAGUUGGAUCAUCUCGAACGACAGAGGAGCCAUCAAGAAGUAUAAAACAUGAUGAUGAUUUAAACUCGAGUUUUGCAAGUGAAAGGUGCCACUCACGUAAGAGGACAUAAUUGAUCUUAGAAAUGAUUGAAUACCUCCUAUAUUCUUGGCCCUUUCUCCUAAUGAUAGUACUUCUGAUGUGGUGGAGAUUUCCUAAUUUGCUUUAAGGCAGUCACUCAGCCUGUUCUAAUCCCUGAAAUCAGGCACAUUAUGUUGUCAUGUUGUACACUUUAUGUACUUCAAUUUGAUGAUCUGAUUGCACAGUAGGUUUUACUUGGGGUUGUUAUCAAAUCUGUACAGAAAUUAAAUUGGCAGCAUGCCCCUUGCUUCGUGCUGGUAGUUUUCUUCAUUUUCUCCUUUUCAAGGACGGAGAGCGGGAUUGGAUGAUUCUGAGUUAGAUAUAGAUGAUUAAAUGCCUUGAUUUUUUGGUUGGCAUAGUGUUAUCUACUGAUUUAAAGAAAGUGGAGUACAAUGUAAAAUUUUGGACUCUGAUUUUCAUACAAACCAGAUAAUAUAUUUGUUUACAGAAGUAAAUAAAGGAUAAUAAAUAAUUGAUUGUGGA